AUGUCGAAAACAACAUCGGCACAAGAGAGCGCAUCAGCUGCCUCAUUGCACGUCUCUUGGACGCUUGCUAGAGCCAAGAAGCUGUUUGCUGAUGCUGAGUUAAUUCAACGGUGUGCGAUAGACAUGGCUCAUGAAGUUUUAAAUCAUGAUGAAAAACAACAAAAAAAGGUUGUGGAGCUAUUAAAGCAGGUGCCGCUGUCGGCUAACACGGCAACCAGAAGAGUAGAGGUUUUACCGGAGGAGUGUUUUUCCAGUCUACUCACGGAUUUGAAGAAAACAGAGGCUAUAUCCUUAGCCAUAGACUCGUCCUGUGACCGAACCGACAUGGAACAGCUGUCUAUGUUCGUACGAUUUUUUGAUGGGAAGAUAUUCCGGGAAGAGCUGCUGUGUUUGCUUACUCUGCCCGGGCACACGACCGGGGAAAUAAUCUUCCACGAGCUGACACAGUUCUUCGAAAAUAAUGGUUUGAAUGUGAGUCAAAUCGUCUCUGUUGUAACUGACGGGGCUCCGUCGAUGGUUGGAAAGCACAAAGGCUUGGUAAGCAGGCUUUCCGCCGUUAACCCGGCGCUUCUGACAUUUCACUGCAUCAUUCACAAAUCAGUGUUGUGUGGAAAAAUGAAAGAAACGAUGGAUACUGUGAAGAGACUGGUUAACUUUGUGCGUGAGAGCUCUAGUCUGCAGCAUCGCCUUUUUAGAUCGUUGCUAGAGGAAAUGUCAUCUGAACACAAGGAUCUCUUACUACACAACGAUGUUCGCUGGCUGAGCAAGGGCCGUGUGUUGGAGAGGGUGUGCGACCUGCGUGAUGAACUGGUGUCGUUCUUAUCAAGCCUGCAGAGCCAAAAAGCCCAUGAGUUUUUGAGCUUUUUAACUGACACCAAGGUGAUAGCAGAUGUUCAUUUUGUGUGUGACAUCAUGUCUCAUCUAAAUCACCUUAACCUGCAGCUGCAAGGCAAGAACCACACUGUUGCUGAGAUGUACGAGGCGGUUGAAGAUUUUCGUUCAAAGCUGCACCUUUUGGAGAGAGAUAUUCAUGGGAGGAAGCUGCACUUUCCACGUCUGCGUGAGCACUGCGAGAAGAAUGAAAUGCCGGAAGAUCCAGUAAUGAAGGAUUUUGUGUCAAAACUGGCAGAAAACUUCAAGGAGCGAUUUGAAAGCUCCCCUAAAAUCUCACGUGACAUCGUCCUCUUCCUCAGACAGCCGUUCUCUGUGUCAGCAGACGGGCAGUGGACUGGAGAGGCCAAAAGGCUGGUGCCUUCCAUAGAAGAGGGAGCUCUUCAGAUGGAGGUCUUAGAGAUGGGAAGCUCUGAGUUGCUGAAAGCUCAACACAAGGAUGCACCACGCACCAGUGUGUGA